CGUCAUGGACAAGAUCCUGGAGGCGGUGGUGACAUCUUCUUACCCGGCCAGCGUGAAGCAGGGGCUGGUGAGACGCGUGCUGGAGGCGGCGGCCCGGCAGCCGCUGGAGCGCGAGCAGUGCCUGGCGCUGCUGGCCCUGGGCGUCCGCCUCUACGUGGGCGGCACGGACGAGCUGCGACGUCGCGUGGGCUGCCAGCUGCUGCACGUGGCGGGCCGCCACCACCCCGCCGCCUUCGCCGAGUUCUUCUGCGCCCGCCGCGUGCUGCGCCUCCUGCAAGCAGGCCCGGGGCCGCCGGCCGCCCGCGCGCUGGCCUGCGUGCAGCUGGGCUUGCAACUGCUGCCCCCGGGGCCCGCGGCCGACGAACUGGCGGCCCUGCUGCAGCGCGAGGUGCUGCGCACCGUGUGCGAGCGCCCGGGGCCCGCCACUUGCGCCCAAGUGGCGCGGCUGCUGAUGCGGCACCCGCAGUGCGUGCCCGAGGGCCCGCAGCGCCUGCUCUUGUGCCGCCAGUUGGUGCGCUGCCUGGGCUGCUUCCGCUGCCCGGCCGAGGGCGAGGCGGGCGCCGUGGAGUUCCUGGAGCAAGCCCAGCAGGUGAGCGCCCUCCUGGCGCAGCUCUGGCGCUCUCAGCCCGCUGCGGUCCUGCCCUGCCUCCGGGAGCUGUUCGCUGUCAUCUCGGCCGCAGAGGAGGAGCCCCCAUCCAGCGCUUUGGCCAGUAUGGUCCAGCACUUGCCCUUGGAGCUCAUGGACAGUGUCGUUCGAAACCUCAGCAAUGAUGACAGCGUGACGGAUUCCCAGAUGCUGAUGGCCAUCAGCAGGAUGAUUGACUGGGUGUCUUGGCCCCUGGGGAAGAACAUCGACAAGUGGAUCAUCGCGCUGCUUAAGGGCCUGGCUGCAGUGAAGAAGUUCAGCAUCCUUAUAGAGGUCUCACUGGCCAAAAUCGAGAAGGUUUUUUCCAAGCUUCUGUACCCAAUCGUCCGCGGAGCUGCUUUGUCUGUCCUCAAGUACAUGCUCCUGACGUUCCAGCAUUCCCAUGAGGCCUUCCACCUGCUGCUCCCGCACCUCCCCACCAUGGUGGCCUCUUUACUCAAGGAAGGCUCCAACUCAGGGAGCAGCUGCCUGGAGCAGCUGGUGGAGUUGGUACACUGCAUGGUGUUCCGCUUUCCUGGCUUCCCGGACCUGUACGCACCUGUCAUGGAGGCCAUCAAGGACCUCCACAUUCCGAGUGAGGAGCGCAUCAAGCAGCUGCUGGGACAAGAUGCCUGGACCUCCCAGAAGAGCGAGCUGGCGGGCUUCUAUCCUCGACUCAUGGCCAAGUCAGAUACGGGCAAGAUCGGUCUAAUCAAUCUAGGCAACACCUGCUACGUGAACAGCAUCCUGCAGGCCUUGUUCAUGGCUUCUGACUUCCGCCACUGCGUGCUCCGUUUGACUGAGAACAACUCGCAGCCACUGAUGACUAAGCUGCAGUGGCUCUUUGCCUUCCUGGAGCACAGCCAGAGGCCAGCCAUUUCCCCAGAGAACUUCCUCUCUGCGUCCUGGACCCCCUGGUUCAGCCCUGGCACCCAGCAAGACUGCUCCGAGUACCUCAAGUACCUGCUAGAUCGGCUGCACGAGGAGGAGAAAACCGGGGCUAGGAUCCGCCAAAAGCUCCAUCAGGGCAGCUCUCCGGGCCCACCCAAGGAGUGCCCCCUUCCCACGGACACGUCGGUGGAGAAGAUGUUCGGGGGCAAGAUUGUGACGAGAAUCCGCUGCCUGCGCUGCCUCAAUGUCUCCUCCAGGGAGGAAGCCUUCACGGACCUGUCCCUGGCCUUUCCCCCGCCGGAGCGCGGUCCCGGUCCCCGCCGCCGCCGCCUGGGCUCCGCAGGGCUCCCUGCGCAGGAGGCUGGAGCCCAAGACCCUUCAACGGUGGCAGCAGCUCCACGACAGCGGAAACAAUGCAUCACCGGGGAGGCACCCCCCUGCCUCCUGGACCUUCGGGGCCUGUGUCCUCCCUGGGAGGCUGGGGGUCAGAGUGAUGGGGAGAGGGAAGCAGGAGAGGACGAGCCUCUGGAAAGGCAGGAGGAAGGGGAGGCGCAGGAGGAGGCGAAAGAGGACCAGGAGCAGGAGCCAAAGGAGAAAGAAGAGCAGGGUGAAAAGGAGGAGAGGGAGCAGGAGAAGGAAGUGCAAGAGGAAAAGGAGGCGGAGGCCCCCGGGGCACGGCCGGGCAGCCCCAACGGCCCCCGCUCGGUGCUGGACUUGCUCAACUACUUCCUGUGCCCGGAGAAGCUGACCAACGACAACCGCUACUUCUGCGAGCCGUGCGCGUCGCUGCAGGACGCCGAGCGCGCCGUGGAGCUGAGCCGCGGCCCGCGCUACCUCAUCCUCACGCUGCUGCGCUUCGCCUUCGACCUGCGCACCCGGCGGCGCCGCAAGAUCCUGGACGACGUGUCGCUGCCCCUGCUGCUCCGCCUGCCGCUGGCCGGGGGCGACGCGCGCGCCUACGACCUGUGCAGCGUGGUGGUGCACUCGGGCCUGUCCUCCGAGAGCGGCCACUACUACUGCUACGCGCGCGACGGCGCCCCCCGGCCCGCGCCGCAGUGGUACCUGUUCAACGACACGCGCGUGUCCUUCUCCUCCUUCGAGUCCGUCAGCAACGUCACCUCCUUCUUCCCCAAGGACACGGCCUACGUGCUCUUCUACCGACAGCGGCCGCCCCCCGACGGCGACGGCGACGGCGACGCCGAGGGGCCUGGCCCGGGCACCCCGAGGGCGCGCGCGGAGCCCGCGCUGCACAGAGACCUGAUGGAGGCCAUCUCCAGGGACAACGCUCUGUACCUGCAGGAGCAGGAGCAGGAAGCGCGCAGCCGGGUGGCCCACAUCACAGCGCCGCCCUCCCCGCCGCCCUGGGGUCGGGGCUUCGAUGAGGAUAAGGAUGAGGACGAGGGUCCCCCUGGGGGCUGCAAUCCUGCUGGGGGUGGUGGCGGUGGAGACUAUCACAGACUGGUCUUCUAGAGGGACAGAGGCUGUUGUGUGUUCUGAGGCCAGAGGCUGGGCACUGCCCAGCGGUGCAGGCAGAGAGGGAUGGACACCAGCGCCCGCGUGGCCUACCUACUCUUGGCCACUCCGUUGACUCUGCCUAUGUGUGCCUGA